CCGCUCUAGGGUCCCUUGUGCGCAUGCGCGCUCUCACUCCCUCGCUUGCUGUGCUCGGCUGAGUCAGUGUGUUGGAGUCUGUCCUCUGAGCAGGCGGAGUGAAGGGGCUUUGCAGAGCCAGCUGACAGAUUAUUGUUUCCCCUCCUUCUCUCCCGCCCCACAUCUCUCUUCACCUCUCUCCCGCCCUUGCUUCUGCAGCCAUGGCGGAGUUGUCGGCGGCCACUCAGUCCCCGUCCGUCUCCUCGUCGUCCUCCGGGGCCGAGCCGCCCGCGCCCGGCAGCGGCGGGAGCCCGGGAGCCUGCCCCGCCCUGGGGGCGAAGAGCUGCGGCUCCUCUUGUGCGGAUUCCUUUGUUUCUUCCUCUUCCUCUCAGCCUGUAUCUAUAUUUUCGACCUCACAAGAGGAAUUGAACUGUCUUUGCUCUGAUAAGCCACCUUCAGAAAUUAUGACUUCCUCCUUUCAUUCAUCUUCUGAAAUACAUAAUCCUGACCUUACAACACUCCAUGGGAAAAAAAGCGAAGUGUUAGGCAGCCAGCCUGUUAUAGCCAAAGAAGGAAAAGACCACUUGGCUCUUCUAGAGAUGAUCAAGAUGGAAGAGCCUCAGGAGAACAAUAAGGACAGAGCAGACUCUCCAGUUUUUCUUGCAGCAGAAGUUCCUCACAACCACCCUCCUGUUCCAGCCAGUUUCCCAGAGCAUUCUGCUUUUCCCUCAAAGGAAGAUGGUCAAGUAGAAGAGCAAGUCGAUAAAGACCAAGAGUCCAAGAACCCAAAUGAAGUGCCGUGUAGGGAUAAAACUGCACUGGACGCUGAUAACAGGUUCACUUUGCUAACAGCCCAGAAAACACCCACUGAGCAGUCUAAAGCAGAAGGCAUUGGUACAUAUUCCUUGUCCCCAUCUGAAGUUUCAGUUGGUAGUAUUAUAGAGAAAGAUUCCCCUGAAUCACCAUUUGAAGUAAUUAUUGACAAAGCUACAUUUGACAGAGAAUUUAGUGAUUCAUAUAAGGAGAGCACAAGUGAUUUGGCUAGCUGGGCAGCGCACAGUGAUAGAGAAUCACCUACAGACAUGUUGGAGACUAAUGACAAAUUGUUUCCACUGAGAAGUAAAGAGGUAGGGCGUUACCCAACCUCUGCAUUGCUCACUAGGCAGUUUUCACACACAACUGCAGCGCUGGAAGAGGUGUCGAGAUGUGUGAGUGAUAUGCAUAACUUUACUAAUGAAAUAUUGACAUGGGAUUUGGUUCCCCAAGUGAAGCAGCAGACUGACAAAUCUGAUUAUACCACAAAAAGUACAGGACUUAACAGAAAUGACUAUCCUUCAGAAAUUCCAGUUGUAAAUCUUAAAAUGAACACUCAUCAGAAAAUUCCUGUAUGCUCUAUUAAUGGGACUACUGCCAUAACUAAGUCUACAGGUGACUGGACAAAAGAUUCUCUCCCACAAGAAAAUACUGUCACUGGAAAGCUAUCAACAGACUGUGUCGAUCCCACAAGAGAAGUCAGUGUCGUGGGUGUGCAAGGCAGUCCACAAAAACAAGAUGAUAUGCUUUCAGAGUUGCCUGGAUUGCCACAUGGACUGGUUCCAGUGAACAUGGUUUUAUCUGAUGACAACCUGAAGGAUGAAACGAGCUGGCAGAGCUCAGUGCUAGGAGAAGCCACUGAGGCUGAUAGUUCUGGUGAGUCUGAUGACACAGUCAUAGAGGACAUCACAGCAGAUAGAUCAUUUGAAAAUGACAAGAUUUCGACCAAGAGCCCUGUCUCCAUUCCAGAUGCUGUUGUGAAAACAAAUGAAAGGGAAAUCAAAGAGCUUCCCAGUUGUAAGGUGAUAGAAAAUAAAACUUCUAAAAACUCUAAAGAGCCAGUCAGUGACUCUGAGGUGUGUCAAGUUCAGCCUGAUACUCUUGGAAGAAGUCCAGUUAGUGAGGCAGUGUGUUCACAGGUACCAUGUACAGAUGUCAUAUCAGAAGAUGGGGAGCAGCCAGAUGCUAUGAGUGAAUUUGCUCCUGGAAAGCUUAUUACAGCUGACAACCCACAGCUUCCUGCAGCAGCACCUCCAAAUGCUUUUAAUGAGGCAGAAUUCUCACUAAAUGUGGUGGUUUCUCCCCAUUUGGAGUCAUUACAUGAAAAACAUGUUAAAGAUAUAGAUGAGUCUUCCCCAGAGGACUUGAUAGCGGCCAUUACAGAAAGUGGUAAAAAAGGAAUAGUAGAUAAAGAGGAAAGAGGUAUCUCUGAAGCAGUAUCAUUAAAAAUGACAAACUGUAAAAAGAUUCUUUCUGUAGAAGCCUUGCCUGAAAAUGAGUCAGGUGGUUCUCAAAUUAAAGACAUUGAAGAAAAAUACAUUGAACAAAGCAAAGAAACAAAUGGAAGCGAGUUUCCGGGUGUUUUCCCUACCCAGGGUCCAGUGGCAUCUCUUGACUUAGAACAAGAACAGCUCACAAUUAGAGCCCUUAAAGAAUUAGGGGAAAGACAGGCUGAGAAGUCAGGUGCUGCUCAGAAAGAAGAAUUUCCUUCUGAAGAAAGACUGAAGCAAACAUUUGCUCCAGAAUCCUGGCCACAGAGAUUGUAUGAUGUUGUAGGACACACAGAUGUCAAGAUUGGAUCUGAUCUUGGGAUGUCUAAAAGGCCGACUCUUUUCAAAGAAACUAGGGUAGAUGUAAUUUCCAGCCUUAGCAAGACUGAACUGGUAAACAAGCAUGUCCUAGCAAGACUUCUGACAGACUUCUCAGUGCACGAUCUGAUUUUCUGGCGAGAUGUGAAGAAGACUGGGUUUGUCUUUGGCACCACACUGAUCGUGCUGCUUUCCCUGGCAGCUUUCAGUGUCAUCAGUGUGGUUUCUUACCUCAUCCUGGCUCUUCUCACUGUCACCAUCAGCUUCAGAGUGUAUAAGUCUGUCAUCCAAGCUGUGCAGAAGUCAGAAGAAGGCCAUCCAUUCAAAGCCUACUUGGACUUGGACAUCACCCUGUCUUCUGAAGCAUUCCACAAUUACGUGAACGCUGCCAUGGUGCACAUCAACAGGGCCCUGAAGCUCAUCAUCCGUCUCUUUCUGGUGGAAGAUCUGGUGGAUUCCUUGAAGCUGGCUGUGUUCAUGUGGCUAAUGACCUAUGUUGGUGCCGUGUUUAAUGGAAUCACCCUUCUGAUUCUUGGCGAGCUGCUUGUUUUCAGCGUCCCAAUUGUCUAUGAGAAGUACAAGACCCAGAUUGAUCACUACGUUGGCAUUGCCCGGGAUCAGACCAAGUCAAUUGUUGAAAAGAUCCAAGCAAAACUCCCUGGAAUUGCCAAAAAAAAGGCAGAAUAAGCACACGGAAACCAGAAAUGCAACAGUUACUAAAACAUCAUUUAAUAGUUAUAACGUUGUUACUUGUACCAUGAAGGAACAUGCUCAAUGUCAGCUUGAGCCUGCAUUCCAAGCUUUUUUUUUAAAUUUGGUGUUUUCUUCCCUCCUUUCUCUUUACCCUCAGUAUCAAGCACAAGAAAUGUUGGAUUGAAAAAGAGCUGAUACCUUAGAGCCCAAAAGAAUAAAGUAAGAAAUUAGUAGACUAAGUCAUACCUUAAUGGUGAUGGAGCUUUUACAUAGAAUGAAAGGGAAGAAAUCAAAGGUGAGAAAAUGAAUGAUAGAACACAUCUCUUGGGUCCUUUUGUCUAGUUUUCAAGGACUUAUCUACACAGUGCCCAUUGAACUUUCACCCUUACUUUUAAGUUAAGAAAUAAUUAACUUAUGAAGAAACUGUGUGAGGACAGGAGUGGAAUUCCUUCCAUUAGAUUUUUGGGGGCCCUCCCAUCUUCCUGCCUCAUCGUACUCCUAAUAUUCCUCUUCUUAUAAGGAUAACUUCCAUCUCCGAGUAACUUAUAGGUGACGGUGGUAAUUCCCGAUUCCCAGAAUGCCGUCUGAGAAGUAAGGGUGGAAGGAGAAACUGGGAUAGGUGCAGGGAGGGAGUCCGCAGGGCCAGGCACCGGCCUGGCCGCUCACCUCUAGAGCGGAAGGGCUCCGCUGGCUGGGAGGUGUCCCUGUCAUUCUUUUCCCUUGGAUGCCAGUUCUGAGCAUUCACUGGAGAACAUAUUCUCGAAUGUGCUUCCCCCUCUUCCCGCCCACCUCACCUUGAGUUUAAUAAAUAUGGUUAUACUUUUCUUACUAUGAAAUAAAUGUCUGUAACUGCUGUACACUGCUGUAAACUUGUUAGAGAAAAAAAUAAUCUGCAUGUGUGCUCCCCAGUUAUUGUAAUCUUAUUUCAGUCUGUGGGGGGGAAACAUUCUUAAGAGGUAAACUUAAACACAAAAGUCCUUUUUAUCUUUUCCCUUCCACUUACUUCUCACAUGCUGCAUCUUUAGCAUUUAUUUCUCAUCAGUUUAGCCUAAGGACCAAAAGCCCACUGGCUUGAGGAGAUUAUGUGCAUUUGUGGUUCAUGUGGCACUUAACUGCUUUGAGACGACCUGAUGGUGUCAUUGAGAGGGUUCUUUCCAUUUUCAUAAAAUGGCUCAGCACCUCUGCCAUGGCCCUAGGUGCUCCUUUGGAGAGUAUUUUCCAAGCAUUUUUAGGUGGGGGUGACUGGGCAGGGCCAGAUUGUGUUGAUGGACUUUGUACAAUUUUAGGACAACAGAACAACUCAUGUUGAUGAGCCAUGUGGAAUGGGACUGAGACUAAGUUUCUUUUUGUCCUUCCUCAUGGACUCCAGUCAGCUCAAGUAGUUGAAGUCACAGGAGUUCUCAGGUUAGAGUUCUUAACUUGAGGUUGUAGCUCAUAGUCCUGCCCGCUCAGAAGGGAUUGUGAGCCGGGACAUAUUAAGUGAGGGCUACAAUACUUGAUGGCCCCAAAGUGUAUUGCAACUCUAUAGAAAAGCGGUGGGAAAGAAUUUUCCUUCCACUCUUUUUGGAAAGUUACUUAGGAAUUUAAGUGAGUAAAAGGUACCCUUGCCUUACUCUAUUUUCUCAGCUUCAUUUUCUUUUGAAUUUUUUAAUUGCUUAGUAGGAAGGUCACUCUGCAUUGCCAUCCUUUGCCCUCCCAGAAGUCAGUGCACUGCUGGUCCCCACCAAAGGACCUCCUUCAAUACUGGAAGCUGCCACACCCUGCUCUUCUGUUUCGUUGCUGCUGUUACGUGGAGAGAACUUUAUUCCACGCAGGAAUCUUUUUUUUUUUUUUUAAGAAAAACCUAUAGACAAAUUACUAAUGAAAUCGUGUGUGCGUGUCUGUGCGUGCAACAUAAAAAUACAGUAGCAUCCAAGGAGCUUGAAUCUUGGUUCCUGUAAAACUGCAAAUUGAUGUGGUUAAUAUAAAAAUAAAGAACACAAUGACUGUGGUGUCA